AUUGUAUAGAAGAAUAAGCUGUUGUAUGUUGAUCCAUUGAUUUGGAGUUUAACUAACAACUUAAGUUUUAAAACGAUUAUCACCCAUAUUUAUUACGGUAUUAGUAAGAAUAAAAUAAAUAAUAUUUUAUUUAAGAAAAUAGACUUUACACUAUUAGCAGCUAUUUAGAAUUAUGCAAUAUUACGUGAAGGAAAACACUGAUUUCAAGGUAGAGACAUCCCUUAUUGAAAGUAAAGAAAUUAAAAGUCGAAAUAUACCUCAAGUACACGAGGCCCGACCUAUAGUGGAUCCUAAAGCUGCAGGUAAUGUUGAUCCGAAUCUUUAUCCAGAAGCUAAAGAAGCAACGCACAAGAUCCGUGGUAAAAAUGACUUUAUCGAAUCUCUCUUUGGCACAGUUGAUCAAGAACUUCUCACAGUCAAAACAUUUUAUUUUUUUUUCUAUUCGGCAUUUGGUUCUCUUUUCCCACUAAUGGGUGUCUAUUUUAAGCAAAUGGGCAUGAAUGCUAGUCAAUGUGGCUUACUUAUAGGACUCAGACCUUUUAUUGAAUUCCUAAGUGCUCCUUUUUGGGGAUCUUGGGCUGAUAGAUGGAAAAAAGGCAAGCUAAUUCUUCUAGCAUCAUUAUCUUCUUGGAUUAUUUUUACACUACCUCUUGGUUUUAUUCAGCCACCGGCUACAUCAUGUAUGAUUUAUAAGAAUCAUACAAAUUAUUUAUACAUACCUGAUUCAGAUCAAAGGAUUCAGAAAAGAUCUGUAACAUUUGAUAACUUAAAUGGAAAUUUUUCAAAUAUGAAGGAUUUAAAAAAUAAAAUAUACCAUAUUCAAUAUAAUAUAAAUAAAUUCAAUUUUCAAAGACAUCGUCGAAGUAUAAAAAUUCUCUCGUCUUCUCCUGGUCAAAGUCCUAUAUCAGUUAGUUAUGCUGUUAAUUAUAAUAAUAGUGAUCACAAAGGAUGGGUCAAGCCAAUAUUCAGUUCAAUUGUCUAUAGGUUACCAGAUAUACAGAAAACCUUCUUCCUUCUAUUAUUACUGGUAGUUGUUGGAGAAUUUUUCUCUGCCCCUGCGAUUACUUUGGCAGAUUCGGCUGUCAUUACACUUCUUGGCGAAGAUACUGAUAGAUACGGUCAUCAACGCAUGUUUGGAAGUUUAGGUUGGGGCCUAGCUAUGUUUUUUGUAGGUAUUGCUUUAGAUCAUAGCACGGCUUUUCCUGAUCAUCCAUGUGGGCCUGAUGCCAAAGAAAAGAACUACACUAUUUGUUUUGCAAUAUUUAGCGUUCUAAUGGGUGCUGCUCUUAUAACUGCUACACAAAUCAAUUUUAAAUAUGAUUCGAUUUCAAUAGAACCACAUGUACAAAAAUCUCCAGUUGAAAUUACAAGGGAAGAACAACUACAAAAUCAACUUUCUGAACAAUUGAAUCUUCCUGGUUUACAGGAUUCAAUAAAGACACCACAACUUACAGAAGAUAAGACUAAAAUAUUUGCUCAAACAACACGAGAAAUUCCAGAAUGGGUAACAAUAUUAAAGCAAUUUAAGGAUCUUAAAUGUGCAUCUUUUCUAUUUGUUGCAUGGUAUAUGGGUUUUGGUAUAGGUCUUAUUUUCACUUUCCUUUUUUGGCAUCUUCAAGAUUAUGGUGGAACUCCAACACUUUUUGGUGUCGCUUCAGUUAUUAAUCAUAUUUCCGAAAUUUUCGCUUAUUUCUUCAGUUUUAGACUCAUUCGACAAAUUGGCCAUGUCAAGGUACUUUGUCUUGGAUUAGGCGGAAACGUUAUACGAUUUUUAUAUAUUUCUUGGUUAAAAAAUCCAUGGUGGGUUUUGCCAUUUGAGUUUAUUCAAGGCAUAACACAUGCUGCUGUUUGGGCUGCUUGUUGUAGUUAUAUAGCGCACAAUACUCCAGCACCCCUACGAUCAAAUGCACAAAGCGUACUUCAAGGAUUGCACCAUGGAUUAGGUAGAGGUUGUGGAGCAGUUAUUGGUGGAAUUUUUGUUGCAAUUUAUGGUACUACAGCUACAUUUCGUGCGUAUGGAUUAUUAUGUUUAAUAGUACUUGCUGCAUUUAUUUUUAUAAAUUUCUACCGAAAAGACACUGGUUUUGUAUCAGAUUUACCUCAGACAGAAGAUCCGCAUCAAGUAGCAGAAGUAACGCAUUUAGCUCCUCACGGCGUACCUAGUAAUGCUAUUCCAAGAGCACUUAGUUCGAAUCGCAUACAUGAACUAUCAAAUCAAGAAUCUAGUUAUGGAGCAACUUAUCAGACUUCUAGCGGAAAUUUAAAUAUUCCUAGAGAAAACGGAGGUUUAAUAAAUUCAAAUAAUCCCUUUUUAAGUAAUAUUAAUAUAGGUGGAUAUAGUUUCAAUCAUAUCACUAAAGGAGAUGACGAAAUUAUACGAAGAAGUUUCCAGAACUACAGUGAAAUAAUAGAUACAGAAUUUGAUAUUGUAAAAAUUCCACUUAUAAUGACUCAUUUACAUAUUCAACAGCCAUGUACUAAUCCGUUUCAUCAACAUGAUUAUAAUUGGUAAUAUAAGUAACCAAUGAAUUUACUACUUAUUUGUUAUUAUCAUUUCAUUGUAUUUUAUCGACAUUUAAUACACAAUAUUACUAAUUGAUUAUGUAUUCUCAGAAAAUUAGACUAUUUACAAUAAUAAACACAAUUAAUCAUAGAAAA